CGCCCGGCGGUCGAAUCUAUGUACAGUAAGAAAGGCGGGGAACGGCUCGUUCGACUCCCCCCAACCCUAGGCUCCAACAGGCCGACAAGGGUCAAUCGAUAUCAGAGGUGAACUCUGCUCAGGUGAGACGCGCUCGGAUCGAACGGCGGAAAGCUAGCGCUUACUGACUGCAUUUCCCUCGCCAUGCGCACGAACGGCAAAGUCACAACCGCAGAAGGAAUCACCUGGUACUAUGAGCAAGAAGGCUCUGGACCGGAUGUAGUCCUUAUACCCGACGGACUAGGUGAUUGCCAUAUGUUUGACAAGGCCAUUCCCCAUAUUGUGUCCAAUGGGUUCAGGGUCACAACUUUUGACAUGCCGGGAAUGUCUAGAUCUUCUGACGCACCGCCCGAGACAUAUCAAGAUGUCACUGCGCAGAAGUUGGCUGGGUAUGUCAUCAGCAUCAUCGACAAGCUAGGCAUCGACACUGCCACUUUCUGGGGAUGCAGCUCAGGGGGGUCAACGGUUUUGGCACUCUUGGCUGGCUAUCCUGAGCGCGUACGGAACGCACUAGCACACGAGGUGCCAACGUACUCCAGGGACGAUCUAAACGGCCUUACCAAUUUGGAAGGGGACGAUGUCAUCUCGCAGGCGAUGGCAGAUUUUGUGCCUGAGUCAAUGUGCGGCAACCUUGAGGCCUGGGCUGGUCUAGGAGAUGAGUGCCAUGCCCGAAUGUGGAAGAAUUAUCCUCGUUGGGUUCAUGGUUAUCCCCGAACAAUUCCGCAGUCAUCGCCAACGGACACCUCGACUCUUCUGAAGCGACCACUAUAUUGGACAGUUGGGGGGUCAACGGAAAUGAAUUGGUUCUUUGACAAUGUAGUGACAGCGGCCAAGGCUGGCGUCGAUAUUGACUAUCUGCCUGGCAAGCACUUUCCAUAUAUCUCGCAUCCUGAAGCCUUUGCGAAACAUGUAGUGGAGAAUACCCGCAAGCACCUCUAACUAGUAACUAGUAUCUUUGGCGGAGGAAAGGGGGAACCCGACAGGUUAAAGAGCUUGAGGCGCGAUUUGGCAGUCUCCGUUAGUGAAGAAAGCUGUUGUUAAGCGCUUGCCAUCACCUCAUUCCCCAGACUCUUAUAGGGUAAUGUAACAGGGAUCCACGCGUCAUGUUGCUAAGCAGAAUUCACACGCGUUCAACAGUUGCCCAU